CCCCCUUCCACUCCACACAAAGGCACCUUUUAGAUGAUGACCGAUACCCAAACUGUUUUUCAUGCCCAAAUUCUGUUUUCUACCUUAAUUCGAAAACAAAACAAAAUAAUCUUAACAGCAAAUGACAUUUUUCAGUGUAGGUCACAUUUCUGACACUCAAACUCCAAGAUGAGUGAUGUGCCCUCCUGGCUGGACUAUGAACACUAUGAACUGUUGUCCCCGACCCCAGCAAGUUUCCCCAGGGGCCCCUCAGGCACGGGGCUGCUGCCCGUAGCAGGCCACGUGGAACAGGGUACGGCCCUGUGCUUCGUGGGCCUCCUGCUGCUCCUCCUGCUCUUCCUGAUAGUGCGCUGCAUCCGCAUCCUGCUGGACCCCUACAACAGUAUGACUGCCACCUCCUGGACCAACGACCCCAGGGACCCGUUGGAGAGGGGUCAGUUUGACUAUGCCCUGGUGUAGGAGGGUUUGGGAGAAGAAGAGGGAUGUGGAGAGUUUUGGGACCCUGAAGCAGGUUCAAGGGGGAUGUUGUCCUAACCUUCGGACGGACCUUGAUGAGACCAAAAAAAGUAGCUACAUAUGUAGGAUCUUAAUUUGAUCACCCUGUUGCAUGAGAACUUGUAGUGUAUUUGAGGUUUAAUAAUGUUUCUGAAGUUUGACAUUUCCCUUACGAAAAAUGUAUCAACCCCUACAAAAAUAUGAAUUAUAAUCCACAUAAUAAUUCACAUUUUCUGUUGCUGCAGGAUUAUUUUCCUGCUGCAGCAAACUGGGUCAAAUUAAGAUCCUACAUCUGUAGCUAGAGAAGGAGAACACGUGGAUGGAAUUUGCUGUCCCUGUCUCAUUGAAAACAAUUACAUCCGGUUUGGUCCUGUCAUCAUGAGUAGCCUAUUUGAAUGCAGUAUUAGAUAGUCUGCUUCAUAAUAAUAAUAUAAUAAUAACUUUAUUUCCAUAGCGCUUUUCAAUACAGGUCACAAAUAAUACAAUUAAAUAAAAGUACUAACAAAGAAAGGAGGAAGGAGAAUGACUUAAGACAGCUCAUUAAAAUCAUACAUUGUAAUCCUACAUUAAAAACAUCUUUAUGAACGCGUAUCUUCAGCAGUCAUUUUAUCAGCAAGCACUGAAUCUGCAAGCCUGCACUCCUCUGGCAGACCAUUCCAAGGUCUAGGGGCUCGCUGGCUCAGAUGGUUUGGGAAGAAGAAGUGGACUUUCGUGAAGCAGCUUGUGGGAAGGACUGAGUCUCAAAUCAAUGCAAUCCGAUUUCCAAUAUAGGCGACAACAGUGACUAGGGUCUGGUAGAUGUGACCCUAGGUGACAACAGUAACUAGGUUCUGGUAGAUGUGACCCUAGGUGACAACAGUAACUAGGGUCUGGUAGAUAUGACCCUAGGUGACAACAGUGACUAGGGUCUGGUAGAUAUGACCCUAGGUGACAACAGUAACUAGGGUCUGGUAGAUAUGACCCUAGGCGACAACAGUAACUAGGUUCUGGUAGAUAUGACUCUCUUUGUAACUUUGAUAAGGGAUGGGUCAUCUUCAGACAGACAACUCUCCCAACAAAUCACGAGGCAGACGUGCCAAAAGUCGCGACUCAAAACCAAAGUUUGCAGGCAAAACCUUUGCAGUGGUUUUUAAAGAGUGUGAUCUGCACUCUUUCAAAGUAACCUUUGAUCUCCAUCUUGAUAGCUACUUAU